UAUUUUUAUAUUCAUUACACUUUAUUCUCGAAUUAUGUAAUAAUGAAGCAAUUUGUGUCUUCAACAAAAUUGUUGUUUAAUCCAAUUAAUUUGAUCAAUUAUUUGACAAUAUAAAGGUGCAUGACAUUUAUAAUAUGCGGCCCUGUCACUUGUCGUACUUUGUCAUUACUUUACCAUAAGUCUAUACCAUCUAACAGUUGUAAUAAUCGUUGAAACAUAUCGACACUUGGUACAUUUACAAUUUUCUGCAUUCAGAAAAGAACUUCAUUUUCACACAAUUUUCAAACUUUGAUGUAAAGCAAUUACUACUCGCAGAAGUUCAAAAGAUAUACUUCCGGCAUAUAUUUUCGGAAGAACCUCGUUUUAGUUUGCUGCGUUACUCAACAUGGACAUCAUGAAGAUCGCAAAAUAUGCGAAUGAUGAUAGCAACGAUAUUGAUAAGAAAAUACGAUACAAAAAUUUCGAAUGGGCAACUCAUUUGAAUUACCUUAUACUGAACGCUAUUGGCAUAUGGCCAAUGACUCACAAAAGAGUUUAUGAUAAAGUUUUGUCGGAUUUACGUGCAAUAUUAACUUUUAUCAUUAUUACUUUCAUCGGUGUGAUUCCCGCAAUCCAUUCGUUGUUGAGAACUUGGGGCGACAUGAUGUUGAUGAUCGACAAUCUACAAUAUACUUUACCGUUAAUAACGACAGUAAUGAAGCUUGUCGUGAUAUGGUGGAAGAAACCUGAUCUCGUGCUGGUAAUAAACAUGAUUGCUGAAGACUGGAUAAAAGCCAAAACCGAUAAGGAAUUAUACAUUAUGAUAAAGCAAGCCCAGAAUACGCGUAUUGUCACUAUGAUCGGAUAUGUUUUCAUGGUGAUGGGAAUCACUUUACUUGUCAUUUUACCUUGCUUUGGAAAAUCCGUGAGAUAUACGACAAACAUCACCGAUCCGAAUAAACUCUUACCACUGCAGACUUAUUAUCUAUAUGACAAAGAUCAAAGCCCAUUUUUCGAGCUAACGUUCGCUGCACAAACCGUCGUGAUUUUUAUGAGUGGUGCGACUUAUGGCGGGAUAGAUACCUUGCUUGGAUUGCUAAUAUUUCAUUUAUGUGGCCAGAUGGAGAAUCUUAGAGAAAAGUUCAUUACCAUGAGCAAGUUUAAAACAUUUCACAGUGGUCUGGUUUUCAUCGUGAGAGAUCAUAUACGGCUAAUCAAAUAUUUUGAUACUAUUGAAAGUAUAUUUACCGUAUUGUUACUUGGAUUACUGAUCUAUUUUAGCACUUUAUUCUGUUUAUACGGAUUUUUAAUCAUUGCAAUACUCACAGAACGAAGCCAGAUGUCAACGAUGCGUUUCAUGUAUCUUGUAUCUGUUAUGAUAAACUUUUGUGGUUAUAUGUGCCUAUUUUGUGCUGCGGGUGAACGUUUGGUAACACAAUGUGAAGCGAUGUAUUACGCAGCAUAUGAAUACGAAUGGUACAAAUUGGAGCCAAAAAAAGCAAAAGUUCUGGUGCUGUUAAUGAUUCGGACUAGCAAGCCUCUGUAUAUUACGGCUGGGAAGAUAUUUCCUAUGACAAUGUCAACGUUUUGUAACAUAAUAAAAACAUCAGCUGGUUACGUAUCAGUUCUAUUAGCUAUGCAAAGUUAAAGUAAUAAAUAUAUAUAAACAUGUAUAGACUACACACACACGUACAUACACGUAUAUGUAUCUAAAUAUCGGAAAAGCAAAAAAUUAUAAAGAAAGAAUUCCGCCUAUUUCAAACAUAUUACAUAUAGCAGUGUUAUUAUUGUACGUGUAGAAAUAUUAUAACGAAAUUAUAUCAAUAUAAUACGUGAACACGUUUUGCUUCGUGCGUGAAAAAGAUUUGUACAUCUUCUUACCGUAACUUAUAGAUUGUUCGAUAUUAAAUUAAUUGCCAAACAUGGAACAGUAAAGACCAUCAUUUCUAGCUUAAUGAAAGAAACUAUCUAGAAUAAACUAAGAAAAACUUUUUCACGUGAGCGUUUAUCAGAUAAUUCGUUUUCGAUCUUAAGUCAUACAUGAUAACAUCAAUCAAUAAACUUCAACAAUAAUUUUAAAAA